UUUUGGGAGGGAGGAAAGAAGAUGGUCGCGGAGCGAGCGAUGGGCUAAGUGUCAAAUCUAACAAAAUGCGAUGUGAUGUGACAGUGUAACAGCAUGGAAAUUAUUCAUUUUCGGAAUUACUACAUAUGGAAUAAUCUGAGGUUUGAAUAAGCCUAUACAUCGCGGAUCGCUCAUUUCGUGUUGUUUACACCAAAAAUGGCAUGAAUAAUGGAAUCGGUGCCAGGCAUGGCGAUGCAGCCUCAAAGUCGGGCAGUGCAUUGAGUCAUUAAUGAUAAUAAGAUCAUUGGACUUGUCAAUUUCGAUAUGAUCACAUCAUAUUUGCUUUGAAAAUCUCUCUGAAGUACAUUCACAGCAAUAUAAUGUCAGUUUAAAGAUGAUACAAAGCAUUCUGAAGCGAUGAUGAUCCCAGACAAAACUGGAGAAUGACAGGAAGUUGGGUAAUGAAUUCCAAAAUUCUUCCUUUUUGACGAGACCAUAACUUUAACUCAAAAACCAUGUUCAGCCAAGGCUCAAGUCGGCCUUCGAGCAAGCAAAGCAAGUUUGACCAAGCUCUGAAUCUCAGCAUGGGUCGACCGAGUGGAGGUCAGCGCGACCUAAAUAUGGACAAAAGUCCUGGCAACAUUGGGCAAAGGAGUGCAUCUCUCGGGCGUGUCCGGGGCAGGACAUCCUCCGAGGGUUCGGGAUCAGGGGCACUGGGAUACCAGCCGGGAUCAAGCCGAACCAGCCCCCUCAGUCUUCCCAUGGAUAACUACAGUUCCCUCUAUGGAUCAACCAACCAGGGAUACAUCAUUGAAAAUCUUGGCAUCGCUGGGAUGUCCCUGUCAGGCAAAAGUCCCAUGGAGCCAAGCAGUCCAGGUUCAUCUAUGCAUAGCAGCAGGACUAAUAGUUUAACUAACGUGAGGGACAGAUCACUAGAUCGUCUGGACAGAGAACACAUUUUGAUGGGUGAACGUUCUUUAGAUAGGCACAUUGACCGCAUGCAACUGUCAACCCCUAACAUGUCAUUUAAGGAAAGUUCAUUGGAAAGGGAAAAGCGAACAUAUAAUCGUGAUCGAUCGCUGGAUCGUGAUCGAGAGUACCCUCAUAUGGGAGCACGAUCUUUGGAACGUAGUGAGCAUUCUAUGGGAAGAUCUCGAUCCAAUGAAAGAAAUGGGGACUAUAUUCCCCCAAUGGGUCCAUACUUAUCCCCAAGCCCAACAUCACAAUCAGAAUAUAGAAACUCCCUCAUUUUUGAACUCCAAGUGCAGGUUUCAGAAUACCACAAAGAGUGUGCCAAAUUACAGAAAGAACUGGAAACUGCCAAGGAGAAAUUAGGCUCUAGUAUGAACAGCAUUAAGACUUUUUGGAGCCCAGAGCUUAAGAAGUUACGAGCCUUGAAGAAAGAAGAAACUGCUAAAUGCAACCUUUUGAACGAACAGUUAAAAGUAGCUCAAGCUGAAUUAAAGAAACAUGUAGGGGUGCUGCACGACCUGGAAGUGAGUAGUUCCGGCAAGGAGCAAAGCCUGGUGGAUGUGGGGGAGUUCGACACCAUGAAGAAGGACAAGGCCCGCAUGAAGAAGGAAAUUGUUAUACUGCGUAGAACCAUAGACGAGAUGGAACUCAGGAUAGACACACAAAAACAGACUCUGUCUGCUAGAGAUGAAAGUAUUAAGAAACUUUUAGAAAUGUUACAAAGCAAAGGUCUUGCAACUGGGAAAAUGGAGGAAGACCGUAAAGAACUAGAGACAUUAAAGUCACAUAUAGUCGAAGAAGAAAGAAAACGACAGAGGGCGGAAGAAAGAGUAGGAGACAAAAUGAAAGAAAUCAUGAGGUUAAAGGAUGAAAUGAUGAGAAUGAAGGAUGAUGUCAGUGAAGCUCAGUUACAGCUCAAACAGCAGCCUGCCAGUAGUCACACUAUGCAAGCAUUACUAGAGUCCAAGGACUCCCGGAUCUCUGCCCUGGAGAAGGAGGUGAAGGAGCUGGAGGACCAGAUCUCCAGGAUAUGUGAGGACGCUGGGGACCGGGAACGCCGUGAUGGAUCUCUCAAAAACAGUCCUAGUGCCAAGGAUAAAGUCCUCAAAAAAGAGAUCGAGGACCUGAAAGCCCAUCUGAGUAAGAAGGACACGACGCUGACGGGUGUGAAGAUGAAGGUGGAGACACUGGAGAGGCAACACAUGGAACAGAAGCAGUACAUCGCGGUGUUGAAGGAGCAGAUCGCAGCCAAGGAACUACACACUGGCAUGCUGCAGACUGAUAUAGAGGACUUGCAGGACAGAAUGAAGGAGAAGGAGUUUGCCAUAGACAAGAAGAGUCGGCAGGCCCAGUCAGCCCAGGCCGAGAAACGACGCAUGGAGCUGGAAAUGUCAGAAAUCCGAGACCACCUGGACAUCAAAGACAGGAGAGUCAAUGUCCUUCAGAGAAAGAUUGAAAGUUUAGACGAGUUAGUGAAAGAGAAGGAUGAUCAGCUCAGCCAGGCCAAGAUGCGUCUGUCGACGACCUUCACCGACUCCAGUGAUAGUGCCAUAUCUAGUCUGGAGGAGUCACUCAAUGAAAGAGAAAAACAGAUAGAAAGGUUACGUGAGCAGCGCGAGCGAGUCGACAGGGAGCACCAGGAUGAAGUGAGCACUUACCUCAAAGACACCCAGGAAAUGAAGGCAAAGAUAGAUCAGCUGGAACAACAGCUGAACGACAAACAGACCGAGCUGGUUGAGCUGAGAGCCGAGGCAGCAGAGUUGAGGUCCGAGCGCUUCAAGCUGGACUCCAAGAUGCGGCAGCUCGAGUCUCAGCUGGAACAGAAGAAGUCGGACCUGGAGAGUCUCCGCUCGGAGGUAGAGCUGAUGAAGACAAGUCGUGAGAAUGGCAUCGACUCACCCAAGCUGGGAGGGACUCUGGAGCGGCGGAUGUCGGACCAGACGGUGAAGCUGACCCACACGCAGGACGACCUGAAGCGGGCCCAUGCGGAGGUGGACAGGCUGCUGGAGGUGAUGAAGGAGGCAGAGAAUGAGAAGACGGAGAAGGACAACCAGAUGAAGGAGAUGCAGGAGAUCAUCAAGGAGUACAAGGAGAAGAUGGGGACACUGAAGCGGAACCAGCAGAGAGAGAAGAAGAAGAAUGCAGAGCUCCUGGAGGUGGCCAGGAAGAGUGAGAAGAACAUGACAGAAGAUGCAACUCAGCUUCAGACUGACAUGAGGAUGAAGGGCGAGCGUAUCGAGGAGCUGGAGGAGGCCUUGAGGGAGAGCGUGAGGAUCACGGCACAGCGGGAGAUGGACAUGGCGGAACAGAACAACCUGGUGGAGGAGUACAAGAAUGAGAUCGACAUCCUGAAGAGUGACCAGGCAUCUUUGCAGCACACAAAGGCAGACUUGACUGCCAAAGUGUCUGGGAUGACCAAACAACUGGAGGAGAAGGAAGCUCGUCUCCGCCGUCUGCAGUCUGAGCGACACAAACACCUGGAAGAAGUGUUUGAGAUGAAACAAGAGGCAAUCCAGGCAGCAAUAUGUGAGAAGGAUGCGAAUAUAGCUCUGUUGGAGAUGACCAGCACCAAGAAGCAGAAGAACACAGAGGAGAUGGACCGACUGACCAAAGAGAAGGAGAAGCUCGCUCAGCAGCUGAAGGAGUUGACCCAGAACCGAAUGCGGUUGAUCCACAAGGAGCACCAUAGUAGAGAAGAGAAGAAGAAGUCAAAGAAAUCUGCUGCCCAGAGAUUACGCUCAGCCACCCCGGAACAGGUAGACCCCUAUGUUCUCACCGCCCCCGAUGCCUCUCUCAUGGACCCCUAGGGAUACCUGGCAUACUACUUACCUUACAACUCUCAUUACUCUCCAGGCUCCCACUGGGGCCCUCCAGACAGAUCUGCAUAGCAUUACAUCUGUUCCUUGCACACACAAAUCCUUGGUAGACAUUACUUGCUCCAUUAAAUUCCUCCUGAAAUUUGUAAUAUGAGUGAAUGUGUGCAUGAUCUCUCAAAAUAUGGAGUUGAUAGCUCAACCAGCUCGCAAAUAUUGAUCAGUGAUAAGAUCUGUCCGCAACCUCUGUAGGAAACAACCAGUUGAUUUAAAACAGAGUAAAAAACAUAUUUAUUGCUUUACUUAAAUCUACGACAAAGGGCAUUUUUAAAUAUUGUGAUAUCAUAUACAAAGAAAAUGCAACUUGUAUUUGUAUGGCUGCAAAUCUAAGUUAGAUCUUAGUCUUUCCUUUUAUUAAAUCUUGUUCCUUUCUUGCAUGUCUAGCAGAAAGUGAUUUUAUUAUUGUACGAUAAUAUGAGCUACAUGCAUAAUCAGCCUUCAUCUAUGUUCACUGUUCAUGUAUACAUAACUGAUUGUUUUAGAAAAAAAACAUGUGGGCUGGGCCCAGUUUGUAUAGCCGACAUUGACAAAUUCCUGCAUUGUGUUUACACACGUCUCGAGAUUGUUGUCGCAGGAAUUUCAUUUCAUUUCUUCACCACUUGCAUCUAUCAGUUCUUGAAAGAGUCAUGUCUCCAUUCUGUUCGGCUUCUCAUGUCUGCAUUUCAACACUGCCUACAUGUAUUGACUUAGUUACAUGGUUUACCCUCUAAAAGUCCCGUGAUUGUCCCGCCGUGGUUUGCCAGUAGGGAUCAUUAUUCAUUCCAUGAUUUGCAUUGACUGAAUGACAUUAAAUUGUUUGAAAGGUGUUAUAAAUGCAAUUGUUGUUACUGUUAAUCCUCUACUGUUAAUCCUCCACCUACUAUAUAUAUUCUGUACUAAGUCCCUCAUUCAGUCUUGCUUGACAACGGUAUAAGGUUCUAUACCGAAACGUCGCUUUUUACAGUAUUAAAGAAGUUGUUAUCCAAAAAAUUGUGUCUACCUUGAAUGACAUUAAUAAAAACAAAUGUAAAAUAAAACGAAAUCUGUUGAAACAGACCCAUUUUGAAAUAUCGGUUUUGAAAAUUAAAAAAAAAUCUUUCUAGAGUAAUAACUAUUUUCCUAUUUGACUCCAAUACCACAUGUACACGUCGAAAGAGGUUACUUGGCUCUGGAUUUCGACAAGUGGCAAAAGUAGAAGACUGUUUAGCUUUCCCAACCAAACGAUUUAAACAUUAUCCACAGAGUCAAAAAUGAGGCUCUGUUGUCCGUGGGUAUUGCCUCAUUUAUAGUACUAUAAAAAAGUUAAGGAGCACUCAGUUCUUUCAUAUUACUAUAGUUAAUCUGUCUUUAGUCAUAUGAAAACAUCAGGUUUUCUUUGACUUCUUUUGAGUAGUAUAUUUUAAUCCAAGGAAUGUUCGGCUGUCCCGCUUAUUUCAAACACAGUCAUGUGAAACAAGGAAUCAGUAAUGAUGCCUCCGAGUGUCCACUGCCCACCUAUCACCAUGGCAACAGUAUCGACACCCUGCUUGUCUGUCACAAUGAUUGCAUGUGUUCUGGAGGACAGGGUAGAUAACUCUUCCCACUUGAAUAACCACUCAACUGAUAAAUCCGGAGCAUUCAAAAUACUAUAGUUCUGUAGAUUUUCAAAUGGCAUAUAUGACUGGCAUUAAGAAUGAUUUAGUCAACACAAAAUUUAUAUAUUGCUAUAAAAUCAAAGUUUAGCAACUAUACAUAUAUAUCAAACGUUUUUCAUUCCAGAUAGCAAAUGUUAUCUGCUUGUAGGGCCUGACGCAUAUAUAUUCCCAAGCAUCUUGUCUUUCUGCCAUUGCUGUAUAGAAAUAGAAGCUCUUACGGUGAUUCAUACAUCCAAGUUAUUCAUAAUGCUUUAAGCCCUAGCUUACAAAUGUGCUGCAUUUAUUAUUCAGUUUAGCAUGACUGUUUUAGCUUAAACUGAGUUCCCAUGUUGUAUUUUGUUCUCGUGUUGAUUAUCAAUGGUGCUGAAGUUUGUAUGUGUGUGUAUCUGCUGUAGACUGCUAGGCCAGUGAGUGCUGUGUGUUAGUGGUAAUCUCAACUAUGUUUAGUUAUACCGUUCUUUGCUCACUAUGUGUUCAAGUCUUGAGCAUGUGUAGACAGUUGGAGGCUGCAUGUGUUGCAGCUUCGGCUCAGUUCAUAUUGAUAAGCCCUUUCCAAAAAAUAAUCUUAGCACUCUGACCGUAUAAACAGCCUUUGAAAUUCAUGCAAGUUCAUUAGCCUGAGACUACUCUAUUGUGUUGAAGGCUUGUAAUAAUCCAAUGAUGGUAGUCCUCAUAGACUAGUAGCAUUUGAGGGCUAUAAUUCUGAACCAAUUCUCAAUGCUUCAGUUUUGCUUCAAGUUGGAACUGAGUAAAACUGACUGAAAAUCUAAACAUAGUUAACAUCUUUUUCUCAUUCAAGCCAUCUUCCCGAGGCAAGAGAGUUAACUGACUUUAAAAGUCCAGUUUCCACCCUUGCCAAACUAGUCUAGAAUUCCUGGGCUCUAUCGUAGCGCCACCAGUGGCUAUUACGAGUUAUGUCCCU